AUGGAAGAAAGUAUACCAAAAUUACAGCAAAAUGAAUUAAAUGAUAAAAGGCCACAAUUUGGUAACAGAAUUCUCUCCAACUAUGAUAAUGUAUUUCAACAUAACGCAUGGUACUUAUACAUUACUGUUUAAUUAUGAUACUAGUUUUCAAAUUCUAACCUAUAAAAUGUGAUUUUUAAUAUGAAAUUGUUUUUAUACAAUUUUGACAUCAAGGAAGAAAAGAAUUAGUCUAUUAUACAUUUAAAUAUACUUAUUAUCAAUUAUACAUUAUCAUAUAUAUUUAUACAUAUAGAUUAUACAUAUACAUUUUAUAAUUAUUAUUUAAAGGGAUAAUGUUGUAUGGGAUGAGGAACAACAAAAAUUAGCUCAAAUAAAAGUAAAUGAAAAUUCAGCCAUAAUUUUAUCCAAUGAAAAAAUUCAAGAGUAUGAGAAAGCAGCUGAUAAAUAUUGGGAUAAAUUUUAUGGAAUACAUGAUAAUAAAUUUUUCAAGGACAGACAUUGGUUAUUUACAGAAUUUCCUGAGUUGGCUCCGAAUAUAGUAAAGCAAAAUAUUAAACAGCCUCUGAGAUCUACAUUUGAGAAUGAUCGAGAUACUCACAUAAAAAUUCUUGAUGUACCCAGUAAAAAAGAAACUAAAAUUCUGGAAAUUGGUUGUGGAGUAGGAAAUACAGUAUUUCCAAUACUUUUGUAUAACACUGAUCCUAACUUAUUUGUAUAUGGUUGUGAUUUUUCUACUAAAGCAAUAGAUAUAUUAAAGCAGAAUACUGCUUAUAACACAUCCAGAUGUAAAGCUUUUGUUCUUGAUGUGACACAAGAGAAAUGGGAAACACCUUUUGAGCCAGAAAGUUUGGAUAUUAUAAUAUUAAUAUUUGUUCUUUCAGCGAUACAUCCUGAAAAAAUGAAGUAUGUCAUACAACAAGUUUAUAAAUACUUAAAAUCAGGUGGAUUAAUUUUAUUCCGAGAUUAUGGAAGAUAUGAUUUAGCUCAGUUAAGAUUUAAGAAAGGCAGUUGCCUUGCAGAAAAUUUUUAUGCUCGAGGAGAUGGAACUAGAGUGUAUUUCUUUACACAAGAGGAAAUUAGGAUCCUGUUUACAAGUUGUGGUUUCACAGAAGAGCAAAAUCUUGUAGAUAGAAGGUUACAAGUUAAUAGAGGGAAACAACUUAAAAUGUACAGAAUAUGGAUUCAAGGAAAAUAUAGAAAAUAAAUAAAAAAUUCUAUUUCUUUUUUCCUUCGACAAAAACA